AUGACUUCACUAUCAUCAAGUGAACCAGAGAGAUAUUCUUCUCCAGAAAUAACUGAAGUUGGGAAGGGCGGUGAAGUAGUGGUGGUGUCCCGCCUAGAUAAGAAAUCUAAUGCUGUUCAGGAUAAGUAUGCCGAUGAGGUUCUACGUUUCAUGGAAGAGAAUGCUGCUGACGCAGUUCCGUUGACGGAGGAGGAGGAGAAGAAGUUGCGUCACAAGAACUUCACGUACAUCCUGGCAGUUGCCAUAAUAGUCACGUUGGUCUUGUUUAUGGAUAAGGCAACUAUUGGAUAUACAACGAUUUUGGGUAUAUACAUCGACACCGACGUCGAUAAGGGGAGAUUCAAUAACCUCAACUCAGUGUUUUAUGGAGGUUACCUGCUCGCACAAUGGCCUGGUCAUUACCUUCUACAAAAGUUGCCCGUUGGAAAGUACAUGGCUGGAACUGUACUCAGCUGGGCAAUUUUGGUUGGACUACAUGCUGCAUGCAAUUCCUAUGCCAGUCUGAUGGUUAUUCGAUUCUUCCUUGGAGCGGUAGAGGCUGUAGCUGUGCCCGCUAUGGAGAUGACUUUGGGUAUGUUCCUUACCUCUAGAGAACGUGAAAUUGCCCAACCGGUAUUCUGGACGGCUGCUGCGAUGGCGCCUGUAAUUUCAAGUUUCAUUGCCUUCGGUUUGUUACAUGUUCAUGUGUCUAUUCAACCAUGGAGAAUUUUCAUGGCCGUUAACGCUGGAAUCAGUCUUUUACUUGCUAUAUUUGUUUGGUUCUUUUACCCUGACAAUCCAGCAAAGGCAACUCAUCUUUCAACUAAUGAAAAAGUGCAUUUGAUUAAGAAAGUGCAAGAGUCUACCAAGUCUUCUAUUGAGCAAAAGGUUUUUAAGAAGCACCAGGCAAUUGAGUGCCUCAAAGACCCCGUGUCAUGGUUGUUUUUUUUUCAAGCGUUCACCCUCAUGCUUGCUAAUAGUAUGACUUACCAGCAGAACCAACUAUUUGUGGAUAUUGGAGUUACCACGUUUGGAUCCUCCCUCGUGUCAGCAGCAGGGGGAGGUUUUUCUGUGGUUCUUUUUGGUGUAUCAGCUCUAUUGAUUAGAAGAUUCCCAGGUCAAAGUGGAUACUUUUCGGCAUCUUAUUUGGUUCCAUGUAUUAUUGUUGCUAUUGGGAUGGUCACUAUUCCCUGGGAUAACAAGAUUGCCCUGCUAGCAUGCAUGAUCUUACUAAACUUUAAAGGUGUCACCUAUAUCGUGGCGCUAGGUUGGACAACGUCUUCCUGUAGUGGGUACACCAAGAAGCUGUAUCGAAAUGUCAUGUUUAUGUUGGCCUAUGGUGUUGCCAAUAUCAUAUCACCUCAACUAUGGAAUCCGAAAGAUUCUCCAAGAUACUAUCCUUCAUGGAUUGUGCAGAUUGUUAUUGCCUUCUUUCUCAAUCUUGUUAUCCUACUGACCAUCAGAAUAAUUCUAGCUAGGCGUAAUGCCAAGCGUAGAGCUUGGAUUGCGGAGAAUGGAACUGAAGGUGCCUUCGGUUAUGUUAUCAACCACGACGACGAUGGGAGGGAAAUUAAGGAGAAAGUUGAUGUUGCUAUGCUUGAUCUGACGGAUUAUGAGAAUAAAUACUUUAUUUACCCUCUAUAA